AUGGAUGGCAAAUUUAUCGACGUGGAGGCGAAAAGCCUAUACAACGUCAUCGAGACGUUCGAAAGGAAGAUAGUAAAUUUGUCUUACAUAAAUGAGGAGGUGCUGGAAAAAUUGAACGAGCAGGAGUUGUCCAACCUACCUGAUGAAUUCUUCACCUACUUUAAGGACAUAAUAAAGUUGAAUAAAUUGUAUGAGCAUACGGAGGUGAUAAAAUGUGAAGUGGACACGGAAGUGGAUGAUGGAGAAGGGGGAGGUGAACCAGGCGGCGAACGGAACGACGAAGGAGACAAAGAACGGGAUGAUGAACUUGGAGUGCACAGGGAACACCAAGAUUUGGUGGACAAAAUUAAAAAGUACUGUUUCUGUUUGUGCAAAAUUUUUAAGCAAAAUGAAAACUUGUCUAGCACCUUGAAUUCGCUAAGUGAUAAAAAGAACCACGAUUUUUUUAAGUUCCUGGGCAUCGUGAAAGAUUUGAAGGACAUCUUCCUGGUGAAGUUCCAAACGACAGCCGAGGAGCAGCGGAAGCGAAUCCAAAGCUUGGAAGAGCUAAAGGAGGAAGAACAGAACACACAAAACGAAGAAAAACAACUAAAUGAUGAAUUAGAACUUGUUAGGAAAAAAAGUCACGACGAAUUGAAAGACCUUGAACAGAUAUUGAUGACCAAAGAGCAUGAACUGAGUAAUUUGAAAAAGUCCUCCGAGGAGAGCAUAAAAAAGUUGCUCGAUCAAAUGCCCGUAAAUAACCUCACAGAGGACUUGGAAAAUAUCAAUGCCUUGCUCGACAAAACGAAGAAUGCGUAUGAUGACCAGAUUAGGACAUACCAAGAUUUGGAAGUCAACUUGGUAAAAAAAAACGUUCUGAUCGAGCUCGACAUUCAGAACUACAUCGACUCAAUUGACGCGGAGAUUGAGGAGAUGGAUAAGGAAAUCCAACUCUGGGACAACAAACUGAGAGAGAACAAAAUUAUCGACAAUGAACUGGACGCCACGAUGCUGAAAAAGAAGGUGGAAGUAGAAGAGAAAAAUUUUCUAAAGGAGUUGACAGACAAAAGACGUAACAUCAUUAUGAAAAGGGAAAAUGAAGACAACGAAGCGGCCACAAUUAUUCAGGCGUACAUCAGGGCGGUGAAGGAGCGAAAUAUUUACAGUGAAUAUGAAAAGAAGAAAAAAAAAAAAAAAAAAAAAAAGAGCUAG